GAUAAAUGUCAAAAUGUCCAGUGCAAUUCAUGACGAAAUUCUCGCAACCAUAACGAAAUAAUCUUAUCGGAAUUAAAACAACAGCAUUAUACAAUUAUAUAUAAUAACGCUUGCUUAUAAUCGUGUGACGUUUCUAAACAGAGUAAGCAGUCACUAGCGAUGUGUUGCACAUAAUAUUUGUUCAGAUGUAACAAAUCGUAUAUUUACGUCACAGUAAAUAAUUUGGCUGUGUUCCUGUGUUUGUUUGUUGACUCACAAUAGCCUGGGAGCUUGUAUUGGCAACAAGCUUGUAGCUAGUGAAACAGUGACCUUGGUUUAAACAGCUGUUAACAACCAUGGAUUCAUUCUUCAGCCUCUUCGAUCCGUCAGAAGGAAAUCAAAAUAAACAUAAGAAUAAAAAGAAACUCAAACCGGAAUUGGAUACAGUCAAGAAAAAACCGGAAGGCACCAAAGGACGCAGAAGAGGCCGUCGCUCAGCUGUCAAGAACGAAACCUUACCAGAAGAGUCCUCGUUCUUGUGCGAACCGGAUCUCAGCACCGAUCUCUUAGUCAAAGAUGUUAGCUACAUUGAGAACUUCAUUGAGAUUAUAAAGAAGGACGAUGAUAAAACAGAUCCAGACAAGAAACCGAAACGUCGCAACUCAGGACGAAAAACAAGAAGGAAAAAAAACAAAGUGUCCCCAGCAAAGGAUUUUCCAAACACGGCCUGGAACGAGACAGAUGAUAACGAACACACGAGUUGGAACAACAAAUUAGAAGUACAAAAAAUAUGCGACGACACUAUAGGGAAGGGCGUUAACGAUCUGAAAAACGACAAAGUUGAUAAACAACGUAAUGACGUGACGUCUAUCGAUAAUUUCACAGAUAGGGAAGUGUAUAAUGUUAUCGAUAAACUCGAAAAGGUUAUUUUAAAGGACGACAUGUAUUUGGCAGGAGAUUUUGACAGUGAAGAUCUGGAAAAUGAUUUUUUGUACAGUUCCGAUGACAUGGACGAAUAUGUGGAUGAAUCAACAUCAGAACCCGAUGACUCAGGAGAUGAAGUAUACGGCAGUCUGCCGCCUGAACCUAGGUUCGGGAACGUGGAGUACAAACUACAGUUAGUGUCGCUGUGCGAGAGGAGGUUCCAGCAUCUAGUUACGCAGCUGAAGUGGCGGCUGCGCUCCGGGGGCGGCAGCGCGGUGUACGUGCUGGGCGUGCGCGACUGCGGCGCGCUGGUGGGGCUGCGCGCGCGGGCGCUGCGCGGCUCGCUGCUGGCGCUGCGCCGCAUGGCCGCCGCGCUCGGGGCCGCGCUCACCCAUGUGCGGGCCCGCCGGGUCGCGCCGCAGCGGGCCGUGGCCGAGGCCUACGUCAGGAAGUUACCAGACCCAAAACAGAGUGUGGAAUUAAGAGUGGCUGUGAUGGGAGCCAACGAGGCUGGCAAGUCGACGCUGAUCGGAGUGUUAACACAAGGUGAAUUAGACAACGGACGGGGUAGCGCCCGUCUAAACAUGUUCAGGCAUCUGCACGAGGUGAAGAGUGGCAGGACGUCGUCACUCAGUCACGAGAUACUCGGGUUUGAUGCUCAGGGCAAUGUAGUCAACUAUGGUUGUUCAGAGCUGAUGACAGCAGAGCGUAUCGGCGAGAGAAGUGCCAAACUAGUGUCAUUUCUCGACCUCGCCGGUCACAGCAAGUACCAGCGGACAACGCUACACGGUUUGACCGGUUAUUCACCGCACUACGCCAUGCUUGUGAUAUCAGCCACAGCAGGUAUAACAGCGAUCACGGAGGAGCACAUCGCCAUCCUGUCAGCUCUGGACCUUCCGUUCUUCGCGGUGAUAAGCAAGAGUGAGCUGGCGGCCACGGCCGUGAGGGCCAUAGUGACCAGGCUAAGUGAGCUGUUAGCACCAGCUAAUAAGAAACCCCUGCUCAUAACUGAUGAGAACCUCGCGCGCGACUGCGUAGCCCCGCAAACAGUCAUACUAGACGCUCUGGACGACUCCAAGGGGAAAGAGGAUGUGGAAUCAGAGAUAAUCCCGGUGUUCCCGGUCAGCUGUGUGAGAGGGAACGGCCUGAGCGCGCUACACGCGUACUUGUUAGCGCUACGACCGCCCCAGCCCGUGGCUACGCAUCGAGCUGAUGAUGAAACAUGUGAAUUUCAAAUAGACGAGAUUUUCCACGUCGGGGACAGUUCCGGCCCCGUAGUGGGGGGGCUACUGGCGAGGGGGCAACUCUACGAGGGGGAUAGCGUCAUUAUUGGCCCCCUGGACGACGGUUCGUUCGCCCGCAGCCGCGUGCGCAGCAUCUACCGCAACCGGGUCCCGUGCGGCGGGGUCCGCGCGGGGCAGUGCGCCAGCGUGGGGCUCGCGGGGGCCGCGCCCCGCCCCGGCAUGGUGCUGCUGGCGCCGCCGCGCCACGCGCCCCGCCACCAGCUGUUCGGCGAGUGCCCGCCCGGGGACUGCAAGCAGCUAAAACAGAUACUAGACGAAACGACGACGGACAAGUCUAAGAACCGCAAGAACGUCCGAAGGAAAAACAACAACCUCCUGCAAGACAUAGCGACGGCCCCGGAAUGUCUCACGAAGCAGCUGGACCUGGAGCGGGACGUGUUCCAGGGAGGGGAGUGCGUCUGCAGCGACAAGGUCCUGCUGGAGGACCCCAACGACCCGCGCGGCUGUCUGUACUUCCAGGCAUCAGUACAAGUGUUGAGACACUCGACCGCGAUAUACCCCGGCUUCCAAUGCACAGUCCACGUCGGGAACGUCAGGCAGACUGCUAUAAUAGAGGGUAUCAUGUCCCUGCACAGCGUGUUGCGCGCGGCGGAGAGCGCCUCCGUCGUGUUCCGCUUCGUGCGCUGUCCGGAGUACCUCGUACGAGGUCGCAGGCUGCUGUUCACCGCGGGGCUGGGGACCAGGGGCAUCGGCCGCAUCACUCAGAUAUUCCCCUACGUGCCCUGAACACAACACUAGAACAAUCAUCUUACAUCUCGACCGCUAGAUGUCGCUUCAAACAUUUUGUCUUUCACAGACUUGAAGGAAACAGUUUUGUUGGGAACGAAAUAAAUGUGUUUUAAAGAUUA